AUGCAUGAAACUGGUGCUAAUGUCUGUCCUCAUUAUGGAGCUGUCAGUGACAUUUUCCAGAGCCCCUCACUGACAGGUUGCUCUGCUGUGUUAUCAGGUUGUGGAGGAGAACUCUCUGGCCCUUCUGGUUCAUUUCACAGUCCUGGCUACCCCAACAGAUAUCCAAGCAACAGAGAAUGCAUCUGGUACAUUCAUACAACGCCUGGUAGCAGCAUCCAACUCACCAUUCAGGAAUUUGACGUUGAAUAUCACCCAAACUGCGACUAUGAUGUUUUGGAGAUCUUUGGUGGCCCUGAUUUCCUCUCUCCCAGACUUGCCCAGCUGUGUAUUUCAAGAUCAGCACAGAACCCCCUCCUGGUCUCUACUACUGGCAAUUCGGCUGUUGUCCGUUUCAAGACAGAUGAAGCAGUGACUGGGAAAGGUUUCAAUGCUUCCUGGCAAGAAAAUCUGCAUGGCUGUGGUGGUAUUUUUCAAGCUACCAGUGGGGAAAUCCAUUCUCCAAACUAUCCUGAGCCUUAUAGUAACAACACAGACUGUUCUUGGCUUAUCCAAGUUGACUACAGCCACAGAGUCCUAUUGAACUUCACGGAUUUUGACAUCGAAGAUCACCGUUUAUGUAACUAUGACAACGUUACUGUGUUUGAUGGUCCUAGCAAUGAAGCACACCUUCUUAGAAAACUCUGUGGGACAGAACAUCCUCCUCCUAUCACAUCUUCCAGGAAUCAGAUGUAUGUCCGGCUGCGCUCUGAUGGAACCUUGCAGCACAGGGGCUUCAGUGCUCGCUUUAGUGAAGCAUGCGGAAGUUUCAUAGAGUCAGAUUCAGUUGGGGCAGCAAUUUCCUCUCCUCUGUAUCCUGCCAAAUACCCAAACAAUCAGAACUGCAGCUGGAUUAUUCAGGCUCAGGAACCAUUCAACCACAUCACACUGUCCUUCACUGAUUUUGAUAUUGGAAAUAAUAGACAGAACUGUACAACGGAUUUUGUGGAGAUUUUGGAUGGGAAUAACUACAAUGCUCCUCUUCAAGGCCGUUACUGUGGUACGACCAUGCCACAUCCUAUCACUUCUUUUGGUAAUGCUUUGGUGGUCAACUUCAUCUCUAAUAACAACAUUACUGCCAGGGGCUUCCAUGCCACCUAUGCUGCAUCAUCAUCAUCGUGCGGAGGUACUUUCCACAUGGACAGAGGAGCUUUCAACAGCCCUGGCUAUCCCGAGCCGUAUCCACUCAACACUGAGUGUGUCUGGACAAUUCUCAGCUCCCCUGGCAACCGGCUGCAGCUGUCCUUCAUAGAAUUUCAAGUGGAAUCUAGUAGCGGCUGCACCAAAGAUUACCUGGAAAUUCGUGAAGGGAAUGCUACUGGCAUGUUGGUAGGAAAAUUGUGUGGAGACUCCUUACCUUCAAAUUAUACAUCUUCUGUUGGUCAUAUCCUGUGGGUUAAAUUUGUCUCAGACAGCUCAGGCACCGGCGUUGGCUUCAGGGCCACAUUCUCACACUUGUAUGGAAAUGACAUUGUGGGAAACAGAGGACAAAUAGCUUCACCACAGUGGCCCAGAAGCUACCCUCACAAUUCCAAUUACCAGUGGAGGAUAAGCACCAAUGCUUCACAAGUUAUCCAUGGCCGUAUCCUGGAGAUGGAUAUUGAAAAUCAUUACAGAUGCAAUUAUGACAAGCUAAAGGUAUAUGAUGGGCCCACCAUUCAUUCUCGUCCUAUUGCAACAUACUGUGGUGCAGAUCCAGCUUCUUUUACAUCCUCUGGCAGCACAUUGACAAUACAGUUCCAGACAGAUUCAUCUGUGACUGGAAGAGGCUUUCUUUUAGAGUGGUAUGCAAUGGAGCCUUCUGCUCCCACACGCGCAAUUGCUAGAGGUGCAUGCGGAGGGACUGUGACAAGUGAAGAAACUCCUUCAUUCCUCUACUCGCCAGGCUGGCCCAUGAACUACAGAAAUUUUGCUGACUGUGUGUGGCUUAUCAGAGCUCCUGGGUCCACUGUGGAGUUUAACAUCCUGGCCCUGGAUAUUGAAUCUCACAGUUCGUGCUACUAUGACACACUUACUAUCCAAGAUGGAGACAAUGGUCUUUCCCCAUUGCUAGCUACUAUAUGUGGACGAGAACCUCCUGGGCCAGUAAGAUCAACUGGAGAGACAAUGUUCAUCCGCUUCGUGUCAGAUGCAAGUGUCACUGGAGCUGGAUUUAAUGCCUCAUAUCACAAAAGUUGCGGAGGUUAUUUGCAUGAAGACAGGGGUGUGAUCACAUCCCCUAACUACCCUCAGGACUAUACUCCUAAUCUGAAUUGUUCCUGGCAUGUACUUGUAACUUCUGGAUUUAUCAUAACUGUCCAUUUUGAACAACCUUUUCAGGUUAAAAGUGAGGAUGCUUCCUGCAAUACUGGUGAUUACGUAGAGCUUAAGAAUGGGCUAGAUGCUUCUGCCCCACCCUUGGUAUCUGGAAGGGGAAAUGGACGCUUUUGUGGAAGCAGCCCCAUCUCUACCAUGUACACCACAGACAAUCAGCUAUUUGUCCGCUUCAUUUCUGACAGCAGGAAUGAGGGUCAAGGAUUCAAACUGAAAUUUGAGGCUAAGAGUUUAGCUUGUGGAGGGAAUAUUUAUAUCAAUGAUUUCAACCCCAGUGGAUAUACAUCUUCCCCCAACUAUCCGAACAAUUACCCCUCGCACGCUGACUGUGUCUGGACCAUAACUGCUCCUAAUGGACACGCAGUAGAACUGCAAUUUCAAGAUCAGUUUUACAUUGAACCUUCACCAAACUGCACUUCAAGUUACCUAGAGCUACGUAAUGGUGCUGAUUCAAGUGCCCCUAUCCUUGCCAAGCUUUGUGGGAGUUUGUUGCCAGGCUCACAGAGAUCCUCGGGAGCUGUCAUGUACCUGAGAUUCAGAUCUGACAGCAGUGACACCCAUGUGGGAUUCAAUGCUAAAUAUUCAACUGCUCCCUGUGGUGGUACAGUGGCAGGACAAACUGGUGUCAUUGAAAGCGUGGGAUAUCCUGACCUUCACUAUCCGGAUGACCUGCUCUGUGAAUGGUUUCUGCAGGGGCCGAGGGGCCACUAUCUUACCAUCACACUGGAAGACCUGGAUAUUCAAAACACCUCUGAAUGUGCAAAUGACUUUGUGGAGAUACGAGAAUACAAUGCUUCUGGAAAUUUGUUGGGCCGGUACUGUGGUAACACUCUCCCUGAUGCUGUGGAUACCUCUGACAGUUUUGCUUAUGUCAAGUUUGUCACUGAUGGAUCAAUAAAUGCCCGAGGAUUCAGACUGCGCUUUGAUUCCAGUACUGAAGAAUGCGGUGGGGAUUUUUCUGCCCCUGUUGGAAUGUUUACUUCACCGAACUAUCCCAACCCAUACCCACAUAAUCGAGUGUGUGAAUGGAGGAUCACAGUGGAAGAAGGCCGACGUAUCAUCCUAACCAUUAAUGAUAUGAGAACUGAAGAACACUGGAGAUGCUCAUCAGAUUAUGUGGCUGUUUACAAUGGCCUCAGACAGAACUCUCCCCGUCUGGUCAAGCUGUGUGGUGAGGUAAACCCAGGCACUGAGGUGAAAUCCUCUGGAAACACUAUGAGAGUUGUUUUGGUGACAGAUAUGUCCCAUGCAACCAGAGGCUUCAGUGUCUCAUACACAUCCAAUGAAGAUUCAGUUUGUGGUGGAACUCUGAUGGGAUAUACACGUGGGAAUUUCUCUUCUCCUGGUUAUGAUGGUGUUAAGAAUUACACAAGUAAACUGAACUGUGAAUGGACCAUUGAAAAUCCCUCCCGCUACAACUCCUCCAUAUAUAUCUCUUUCGAGGAUUUCCACUUGGAACAUCAUCAGGACUGCCAGUACGACUAUUUAGAGUUACGCAUAGGGGAUGCUGAUGGAGAUCUAAUAGCCAAACUCUGUGGUCAGGCUGCACCAUCAGUGCCACUUGUGAUAGCUGCACACCAGGUUUGGAUACACUUUGUAAGUGAUGAAAACACAGAAGAUAAAGGAUUCUUGGGCCAUUACGUAUUUGAAGCCUGUGGUGGUAUACAGUCAGAUGAAAGGGGAUUUAUCUCAAGUCCUAACUACCCAGAGCCAUAUGGCAACCUGAAUCACUGCUCCUGGUUAUUGGAAGCCCCUGAAGGUGAAACCAUCACUCUCAAUUUUACGGCCUUCCAUGUUGAAAAUCAUUCACUUUGUAAGUGGGACUCUGUUACUAUCCUGAAUGGUGGCACUCCUGGGUCUCCUGUCAUAGGAAGGUACUGUGGAAAUAAAUCCCCUGGGAUCAUUCAGUCAGGCUCCAACAAGCUACUGGUUAUCUUUAACUCUGACCACUCAAUUCAAGGAGGUGGGUUUUUCGCAACAUGGACAGCAGAAUCUCUAGGGUGUGGUGGGAUCAUUCAUUCAGACAGUGGUAUGAUCAAAUCUCCUCAUUGGCCUCAAAACUUUCCCAUGAACACCAGAUGCACGUGGACCAUCAUUACACAUGAAAGCAAACACCUGGAGAUGAUCUUCCACAAUAACUUCCAGAUCCCAUAUAGUGAUGGAAGCUGCCAGAGCAGUUUUGUGAAGGUAUGGCAAGGAAAUCAUGAAGAAGAAGAAGCUUUGUUAGCUACAGGAUGCGGAACUUCAGCUCCUGACCCUGUUAUUGCUCCAAACAAUAUCAUAACUACAGUUUUUCAGUCUCGGGAUGCUCCUGGGCAAGGUUUCUCUGCAUCUUUCAUAAGCAGAUGCGGAAUAAAUUUUACCAGUCCUGCAGGUCGUAUUGUCUCUCCUAACUACCCUAGUCAGUAUGGCGACAACUUGAACUGCAGUUAUAUCAUAGAUCGGGGGCCACAGUCACUGGUAAUCCUAGAGUUUGAGACUUUCCACUUGGAAGCUCCAGCACUCUUGAGCAGAAUCUGUCUUUAUGAUGGAGUAAGCAUCUUCAGGGGCACCAGGGUUACCCCACAACCUGUCGUCACGCUCUGUGGAAGUGAGGUCCCUGAGCCUAUCAGCGUCUUUGGGCCUAUGCUGCUCAACUUCUACACAGACUCACACAUUGCAGGCUUUGGGUUCCAGGCAAGGUAUAGAACAAUUGCUUGUGGUGGCACUUUCAAUGGCUCUGUUGGCGUUAUCAGCAGUCCGGCCCAUUCAGUCCUUGAUUAUCACAACGACAUGAACUGUUCAUACUACAUCACAGUUGGAAGUGGAAAAGCAGUGGCCCUCAAAUUCAACACCUUCCAGCUUGAAAUAUCUCCUUCCUGCUACAAAGAUUACGUGGCUGUAUAUGAUGGCUCAGAUACCCAUGCUACUCUCCUUGGGAAAUUCUGUGGAUCAGAACUGCCUCCAAAUAUUAAAAGCUCCGGUAACCAAUUGUUCCUGGUAUUUAGUACGGACUUCUCUGGAUCAGACAGAGGAUGGAAAGCAUCAUUCAGGGAGACUUUAGGACCUCAAGAUGGCUGUGGUGGCUACUUGACAUAUUCAGCUUACAGUUUUGGCUCCCCAGUCUCCAAUGUGACUAGAAGAUAUGAGAGAAAUCUGGACUGUGUGUGGGUCAUAACUGCACCUGUAAACAAGCUGAUCAACCUUACCUUCACAUCAUUCGUGCUGGAAGCUCGUGUUGCUCAGACCUGCCAAUACGAUUAUGUCAAACUUUAUGAUGGAGGCAAUGAAAAUGCCAACUUGGUUGGCACAUUCUGUGGAUCUACAGUGCCAGCUCCUUUUCUUUCUACCAGUAAUUCCUUGACUGUGAAAUUUAUCACAGACAAUUCUGUGCAAAGAGAGGGUUUCAAUGUUACCUACACCACAGUGGAUCGAUUAUGCGGAGGAACAUAUAAUGCAACUUCUACCUCCCUAACUGCAACGUCUCCUAACUUCCCCAGUGAAUAUCCACCAUUUACCCUCUGUACUUGGGUCAUUGAUGCCCCUCCGCAGCAGCAGGUCAAGGUGGUGGUAGAGACCUUCCACCUCCAUUCCAGCCAGGACUGUUCUCAGAACUACCUUCAGCUCCAGGACUUACCAAUGCACAGCCAAGGAUCAGCCCAUAGAUUCUGUGGCACUGAGACUUUGCCAGUCCCUGAAUUUUAUUCUCAUGAUCGCACUGCCAUCGUGACUUUCAAAUCAGAUGAAUACAGGAUUAAUAAUGGAGUCAGAUUUACCUAUCAAGCUACAGGUUGCAGCAGAGAGUAUAACCAGCCAUUUGGUUACCUGAAGAGCCCUGGCUGGCCUGGUCGUCACCCCAAUAAUAUGGAUUGUUCUAUUGUUCUGCAAGCUCCCUUGAAUCACACGAUUUCUCUCUUUUUCCAUGCUUUCAGUUUGGAGGACAGCAUCCACUGUUCACAUGACUUUCUAGAGGUCAGAAAUGGGAGUAAUAUGCAAUCACCACUGCUUGGCAGGUUCUGUGGAAACAUUGUGCCCAGUCCAAUCUUCCCUCAAAAUCAUGUUGUUUUCCUUCGUUUCAAGAGUGAUAUUUCUGGGGCUCAUGAUGGAUAUGAAAUUACUUGGACAUCAUCAUCAAGUGGAUGUGGAGGAACAUUAUACGGCAGCACUGGCACGUUUGCUAGUCCCAGAUACCCUGCAACUUACUGGAACAACACUGACUGUGAGUGGGCCAUUACUGCGCCCAAGGGACGAAUUGUCACAGUGAACUUCAAUUUCAUCAGCAUUGAUGACCCAGGGGAUUGCAGUAGCAACUACUUGAUCCUUUACAACGGGCCAGAUACCAGCUAUCCUCAGGCUGGGCCAUACUGUGGGAUGGAUACAAACAUUGCUCCAUUCACUGCUACAUCACAUCAAGUCUAUGUAAAAUUUCAUGCUGAGUAUGUGACUUUACCGUCAGGAUUCCGGUUGAGCUGGACAAGCUAGAAUGUCCCUUAGGAUAAAUAUAUUACUGUUCCUUGCUAUGCAGAAGAGACUUUAGAUCAUAAAAUACAUUUGAAACCCCGUUAUGAUACUUGUGACUGAAGUAAGGCCUUUUGAAAAUUACUGUAAGUACAGCUGUUACGAAUUUCAAAAUUCCGUCAAAAACGUGACCUCUCAUACUGAAAAUAAACUAGUUUUGAAACGUA